AGAGCAGGAAUUUCAUCAAACUGUCAAAUGUCUGAAAGGCAGCAGCUAUGAAAACAGCAGCAGAGAUUUAAUUACUAAAGUUUUACUUUAUUUCUUCAUUUUAUGUUAUUUUGGAGUUAAUAAGAAACAUCUGGUUCUGAUUGAAAUGAUUUUUCUUCAAUCCAAACUUCAUGGUGACAUUUCUGAGCUUCAGCAGAUUUAAGCAGAUUUCCUGUCCAUUGGCUGUAAAACAGAGACAUCAUGGCAGCAGGAGAAAGUGAGUCUGAGCUCAGGGUGGUUCUGCUGGGCGGGUUACUGUACCAAAGGAAUUUAGUUCAGAACUUCAUUCUUGAAGAUGAUGGAAAACUAAUAACUGUCAUCAACACUCCAAAUCUGUUGAGUCCCACAAAGAACAACAAGGCAAAGUUCAUUAGAGACAUCGCCAGACUCUCAGCUCCUGGACCUCAUGUCUUCCUGUUGGUUCUACAUCCUAAAUUCUUCACUGAAACAGAAAAUAACUGGAUCUGCACAGUCCUUGAAACCUUCAGCGAUCGAUCAUUUGAUCAUUCAUUGGUACUGAUUCUGAAAUCCAGAGAGGAAAGUUCAGAGUCCAAUUUGACAUUGAAUCAGCUAAUAGAAAAAUGUAAACAUGGAAAAUUAGAGAUAGAGGACAUAUUUACACGCAGGAAGACUGAUCUUUCAGAGCUAAUGAAUUAUUUUGACAACAUUGUGAAAAAAAAUAAUGGAGAACAUGUGAAAUGUAGAAAGUUACAGGAUGCAGCGACCUCUCCAUCAGCAGACGACGCCCAGAUAUUAAAGAAACUUAAAGCUUCAGUUGUAACUCCUAUUAAAGACAUGGGUCUUUAUGCAGUUAAACAAAUUACUUCUCAACUAUCAUUCUUUUGGGGAUACUUUUCAUCUGGCAAUACCAAUAAUAAACCUCUGAACCUGGUUCUGUUUGGUCCAAAUGGAUCCCUGAAGGCGUCAGCAGCCAAGGUCAUUCUAGGUCACCAGGAUCUUCCUUCAGAGUGUGUCAGGAAGCAGGGAGAGGUGUUUGGACGUGGGGUUUCUCUGCUGCAGCUGCCUGCCUUGGAUGGAAAAGCUGAGCAGGAAGUGAUGGAGGAAUCCUUCAGGUGUGUCUCCCUCUGUGAUCCUGAGGGUGUCCACGCCUUCAUCCUGGUCCUACCUGUGGGUCCCCUCACUGAUGAAGACAAGGGAGAGUUACACACCAUCCAGGACACAUUCAGCUCUAGAGUCCAUGACUUCACCAUCAUCCUCUUCACCACAGAGACUGAUGCUGCAGAUAAAGAUGUUGGUGACUUUAUAAAGGAGAGCAGAGACAUCCAGGAUCUCCUCCAGAUCUGUGGAGGAAGAUAUUUUGUUCUGGACACCAGAGACAGACGGCAGGUCAGAGAACUGAUCAGGAAGGUGGGAGAGAUAAGUACAUCCACUAAAACAGCAGAAAGCUAUACAACAGUAAUGUUCGCAAAUACCCAGAUGGAAAAACUCAAACAACAACAGCAAGAACUAGAAGAGCUCAAGAAGAAAAAAAUUGCUUAUUGUCUCCGGAUCGUUCUGAUCGGGAAAACUGGCAAUGGGAAGAGUUCAUCAGGAAACACCAUCCUGGGAUCAAAACAGUUUAGAGCUGAAGCUUCUCCUGAGUCAGUAACUAAAAUCUGUCAGAAAGCUGAAUGUUAUGUAGACGGUCAUCAUGUUGUUGUUGUUGACACUCCUGGUCUCUUUGACACCAACUUGACCUCAGAUCAGGUUAAUAAAGAGUUAAAGAAAUGUUUCAGUCUGGUGUCUCCAGGUCCUCAUGUCUUCCUGCUGGUUUUACCGAUCGGCAGAUUCACUACAGAAGAUACAAAAACACUGAAACUGAUGGAGAAAGUUUUGGGAGAAAAUUAUAAAAAGUUUACUAUUGUCCUUUUUACCGGAGGAGAUGAACUGGAACCUGAUAAGUCCAUUAAAUAUUACACUGAAUAUGAUUGUGAUGAGGCCUGUAAGAAACUGAUCAGAGACUGUGGAGGAAGAUAUCAUGUGUUUAAUAACUAUGGAAUAAAGAAUCCCUCACAAGUCACUGAUCUGAUCAAAAUGAUCAACAUGAUGGUGAAAGAGAAUAAAAACAGCUGCUACACUGAAGAGAUGUUACCUGUUACAGACCGUUACAGGCUACACUGUUACCUGUAAAAUGAAACCAAAAUAAAUUCUCCUGUUUGUGCAGAAAAAAUGGAUCAAUAAAGUUUAUCCUGAAUCUGAUUAAAUCGUUGAAAUAAGGAGAAAUGAAAUGACUGCAGAGAACAAAAGAGACUCUGAUUCCCAGAAUGCAAAGCGCUUAGCCAAUCAAUUGUUUCUGAAAAAUAUUUAUUAAUAUUAACCUGUGAUAUUAAUGAAUUAUUUUAUUAGUUAUUGGUGCUUCACUUUUAUUAUUUUAAACUCUCUUUAGUAAAGUUUCUUACUUUUCUUCAUUCUUUUCAUUUUUAUUGUUUAUUUUAUUUUAACUUUAUCAGUUUGUAACAGAAUGAAAAACUGGAGAUUAUAAAAAAACAUUUAAUUUAAAAUGUAAAAUGUGAUCAAACUGUAAAUAUUUUCAUGAAUUUCUGAUGUUUUGUUUGUUGUAGUGUUGAAAAAAAUCAUCUUUAUUAACUUUACAUGUUGAAGGACCAACAAGACAAAAUCUGUUCAAAUCUAAAGAUUAAUUAUUAAAACAUUUUUCCAUUAAUUGAUCAUUUUAUCUGGAUCUUGGUGGAUUUUUUUUAACAACUUUCAGCCUGAAAUUAUUUAGAAAUGACAACCUGAUCCAUCAUUUAACAAUAAACUACAGAGAUAAACUGGAAUCAGGAACAAUUUAUGGAUUAUUUUGUUUGUGUUGGAAACAUUUCCAGAUGUUUUUAAUAUGAGUUUAAAUGUUUUUAGUUUUUAUUUUAAUGUACUUGUUUUGUUUUUUUUUAUAAAAAUAAAAUUUUUAUGAAUAA